CUUUAAGUAAUCGUAUUAUAUUAAUGAACUGAAGGAUUAUUGGCGAUCACUAGAAAAUUCUUUAAAAUAAACCUUAUCAAGAAUAAUCAAUUUCUAUGAUAUCAUUUUUGUCACCUUUUCUUACUCUCGUUUACAACCACAUUUCUCCUAUAAUAUCACUUUUACCAUCUCCUUUUUCGAUGCCCAUUCAAUCACAUUUUGCUUUCUUUUUUUAUUUGUUUUACAUUACAUCAAACUUAUUACAUGAAAGUCGGUGUAUAUUAAUUUUCAAGAUAUUAUGUCUUUCUUAUCUCCCUUCAACUACACUUUCUUGUUUGUUUGUUUUUAAAUAGUAAACAUAUGCAGCUGAAUAAUAAGUCAUUCAUAAGAGAACGCCAAAUGGACGAUAUACCUAUUUCCUACAUAUUCUUUGAAGGGAGAAGAAAUUGCGGACGUAAU